AUGUUUCAUUUGUUUAGUUCCAUCUUUUUUUUUUUUUUUUGCUUUUCGGGUUCACUAGUUUUUAUCUUUUUCCUCCAUUUUUUCUUUCUUUCAAUUUUUCUUUCUUUCUUUACUAUCAUUUCAGUAAUUCAUUUGAUGUUUGUUUAUUCGUUUAUUCAUUUCUAUAUUGCUUGCUUCUUUUUACUUUACUUCAUUUUCAUAUCGUCCUGUUUUUGUAUUUCUUUCUUCUUUUCUUCCUUUGUUUGUUUGUUUCUUUCUUUCUUUCUUAUUCCUUCUUUCUUUCCUUCCUUUAUUCGUGUAUUUCCAUUUUUUCUUUUUAGCUUGUUUUUAUGUCAUUUAAUUCCUUCGUUUUUUCUUUCUUUCUUCACUCUCACUUCUCAGUUGUUUCUUCUUUCCUUCUUUCUUUCCUUCAUUCUUUCCUUCUUUCUUUCUUUAUUGCUUGGUUUUCUUUCACUUUUUCUUCAUUUCAUUUCUGCAUCAUAUUUUCCUCUUUUCAUUUUAUAUCUUUCUCUUUCUUCUUUUGUUUGUUGUUUACUUACAUACUUGGUAUAUCACUUCAUUCUGGUUUACAUAAUCUCCUUCCUUCCUUCCUUCCUUCCUUCCUUCCUUCCUUCCUUCCUUCCUUCCUUCUAUCCUGCCUCCCAACCUUCUUUCCUUUCUCCCUGCCUCUCACCCUUCCUUCCUUCAUUCCUUCCUGCCUCCGACCCUUCCUUCCUUCCUACCUGCCUCCCACCCUUCAUUCCUUCCUCCCUGCCUCCCACCCUUCCUUCCUUCCUGCCUCCACCCUUCCUUCCAUCUUGCCUCACCCUUCCCUUCCUUCCUUUCUCCCUGCCUCACACCCUUCCUUCCUUCCUUCUUCCCUGCCUCCACCCUUCCUUCCUUCCUUCCUGCCUGCCUGCCUCCAACCCUUCCUUCCUGCCUCCCACUCUUCCUUCAUCCCUGCCUCCCACCCUUCCUUCCUUCUUCCUUCCUUCCCCUGCCUCCCACCCUUCCUUCCUUCCUCCCUGCCUCCCACCCUUCCUUCCUUCCUCCCUGCCUCCACCCUUCCUUCCUUCCUGCUCCCCACCCUUCCUUCCAUCCUGCCUCCCACCCUUCCUUCCUUUCUCCUGCCUCCCACCCCUUCCUUCCUUUCUCCCUGCCUCCCACCCUUCCUUCCCUUCCUUCCUUCCUUCCUUCCUUCCUUCCUUCCUUCCUUCCUUCCUGCCUCCCACUCAUCCUUCAUCCCAGCCUCCCACCCUUCCUUCCUUCCUUCCUUCCUUCCUUCCUUCCUUCCUUCCUUCCUUCCUCCCACCCUUCCUUCCUGCCUGCCACCCACCCUUCCUUCCUUCCUGCCUCCCACUCAUCCUUCAUCCCAGCCUCCCACCAUUCCUUCCUUCCUUCCUUCCUGCCUGCCUCCCACCCCUUCCUUCCUUCCUUCCUUCCUUCCUUCCUUCCUUCCUUCCUUCCUGCCUCCCCUCAUCCUUUCAUCCCAGCCUCCUUCCUUCCUUCCUUCCUUCCUUCCUUCCCUUCCUUCCUUCCUUCCUUCCUGCCUCCCACCCUUCCUUCCUGCCUGCCACCCACCUUCCUUCCUUCCUGCCUCCCACUCAUCCUUCAUCCCAGCCUCCCACCAUUCCUUCGUUCCUUCCUUCCUGCCUGCCUCCCACCCUUCCUUCCUGCCUGCCUCCCACCCUUCCUUCCUUCCUCCUCCCUGCCUCCCCCCUUCCUUCCGUCCUCCCUGCCUCCCACCCUUCCUUCCUUCCUCCCUGCCUCCCAACCCUUCCUUCCUUCCUUCCUUCCUUCCUUCCUUCCUUCCUGCCUCCCACCCUUCCUUCCUCCCUGCCUCCCACCCUUCCUUCCUUCCUUCCAUCCUUCCUUCCUUCCUUCCUUCCUUCCUGCCUCCCACCCCUUCCUUCCUCCCCUGCCUCCCACCCUUCCUUCCUUCCUUCCUUCCUUCCUGCCUGCCUCCCCACCCUUCCUUCCUUCAUACCUGCCUCCCACCCUUCCUUCCUUCCUUCCUUCCUGCCUCCCACCCUUCCUUCCUUCCUCCCUGCCUCCCACCCCUUCCUUCCUCCCACCCUUCCUUCCUUCCUUCCCCUUCCUUCCUUCCUUCCUUCCUUCCUGCCUGCCUGCUCUCCCACCCUUCCUUCCUGCCUCCCACUCUUCCUUCAUCUCUGCCUCCCCACCCUUCCUUCCUUCCUUCCUUCCUUCCUUCCUGCCUCCCACCCUUCCUUCCUUCCUCCUGCCUCCCACCCUUCCUUCCUUCCUCCCUGCCUCCCACCCUUCCUUCCUUCCUCCCUGCCUCCCACCCUUCCUUCCUUCCUGCCUCCCACCCUUCCUUCCAUCCUGCCUCCCACCCUUCUUCCUUUCUCCCUGCCUCCCACCCUUCCUUACUUCCUCCCCUGCCCCCACCCUUCCUUCCUCCCUUCCUUCCUUCCUUCCUUCCUUCCUGCCUCCCACUCAUCCUUCAUCCCUGCCUCCCACCCUUCCUUCCUUCCUUCAUUCCUUCCUUCCUUCCUUCCUUCCUUCCUUCCUUCCUGCCUGCCUCCCACCCUUCCUUCCUUCCUUCCUUCCUUCCUUCCUUCCUUCCUUCCUGCCUGCCUCCCACCCUUCCUUCCUGCCUGCCUCCCACCUUCCUUCCUGCCUGCCUCCCACCCCCUUCCUUCCUUCCUCCUGCCUCCCACCCUUCAUUCCUGUCCUCCCUGCCUCCCACCCUUCUUUCCUUCCUUCCUUCCUUCCUUCCUUCCUGCCUGCCUGCCUCCCACCCUUCCCUCCCCUGCCCCCCCCUUCCUUCCUUCCUCCCUGCCUCCCACCCUUCCUUCCUUCCUUCCCUUCCUCCCUGCCUCCCACCCUUCCUUCCCUUCCUUCCUUCCUUCCUGCCUGCCUGCCUCCCACCCUUCCUUCCUGCCUGCCUCCCCCCCUUCCUUCCUUCCUCCCUGCCUCCCACCCUUCUUUCCUUCCUUCCUUCUUUCCUUCCUUCCUUCCAUCCUUCCUUCCUCCCACCCUUCCUUCCUCCCUGCCUCCCACCCUUCCUUCCUUCAUCCUUCCUUCCUUCCUUCCUUCCUUCCUUCCUUCCUUCCUGCCUCCACACCCUUCCUUCCAUCCUUCCUUCCUUCCUUCCUCCCUGCCUCCCACCCUUCCUUCCUUCCUUCCUUCCUUCCUUCCUUCCUUCCUUCCUUCCUCCCACCCUUCCUUCCUUCCUCCCCUGCCUCCCCACCCUUCCUUCCUUCCUCCCCUGCCUACCACCCCCUUCCUUCCUUCCUUCCUUCCUUCCUUCCUUCCUGCCUGCCUGCCUGCCUCCCACCCUUCCUUCCUUCCUGCCUGCCUCCCACCCUUCCUUCCUGCCUCCCACCCUUCCUUCCUUCCUGCCUCCCCACCCUUUCUUCCUGCCUCACCCCUUCCUUCCUUCCUCCCUGCCUCCCACCCUCCCUUCCUUCCUUCCUUCCUUCCUUCCUUCCUUCCUUCCUUUAUUUAUUUAUUUAUUUCAAUUUUUUUCUUUUCAGGCUUACGUGA